AUGGAUAGAAGGCUAAUUGAGGCUGCUCAUAAGGGAGAUGUUCAUCAACUGCAAAAUCUGAUCAAAGACGAUCCUUUCCUGAUGAAGGCUGUAGCAUUAUCAAGUGGAGAAACUCUGUUACAUAUUGCUUGUAUGGCCGGAAACCUGAGUUUUGCAAAAGAGGUUCUAAAUCUGAGUAAAGAAUUUGCAAGAGAAUUGAGCCAUGACGGUUUCAGCCCCCUGCAUAUUGCUGCAGCUAAUGGGGAUAUAGAGAUUGUAAAAGAGAUCCUGAGAACAGAUCGUAGUUUGUGUAUGGUUAAGGGAAAGGAAAGAAGAAUUCCCCUACACUAUGCAGUGAUCAAAGGCAGAAUACAAGUCAUUAAAGAACUGCUUUCAGGCUGUGAAGAUAGCAUAAGAGAAGUGACGGCUCGUGGUGAAACUUCUCUCCAUCUGGCUGUGAAAAACAACCAAUUUGAAGCCUUUAAGAGCCUGGCAGUGUACCUGAAGACCAAUAAUAGGGAGGAUAUAUUGAAUAAGAAGGAUGCACGAGGGAACACCAUCUUGCAUCUUGCAUUGGAGGUGAAUUCCUUGAAUAAAAGGGGCCUUACACCACUUGAUGUAUUACUAUCAGAAGGGGGUGAUGUUGAAAUUGAGGAAAUGCUUCGUCUAGCUGGGGCUUCAGUGCAACAGACAACACAAAUAGAGAACAGGAUCGUUCCCACUCAUGAUCCAAAUGAUGAAUUAAGGAGAGAAAGGCCUCGAAAGCCAUAUAAGAAAUUGCAGGACUACUUCAAAUUUGACAAAGCUAAAGAGACUCCAAGUGAAGUCCGAAGUACAUUGCUUGUGGUAGCUAUAUUAAUCACAACUGCAACAUAUCAAGCCGUCCUUAGUCCACCUGGUGGUGUUUGGCAGCAGGACGACUUUAGGUCUAUAAGUAACAGGAACACGACCACCAUCAAUGACGCCACACGGCCACCAGAACAUACUGCUGGAAAGGCAGUAAUGGGAUCACAGAAUUCAGUUUCAUUCGGUCUAUUCCUGAUUUUCAACUCAAUCGGGUUUUUCACAUCUGUUCAGAUGAUACUUUUUCUCACUUUUGGAUUCCCUUUACAAUUGGAAUUGCGAGUCUCACUUUUGGCACUUUUGUAUGUGUUGAUCAAUAUUGUUUUUAAGAUCCUAUCCAGCAAAAAAUUGUGUGUACUCUUUAGGCCUCACUGCAUCACUGUGCAUCAUAAUUUAUCUCACAGGAGGAUUUCCAUUUCAAGGGAACUUCUCAUAUCCCUAUACUCGAUGAUGUUCACUUGUGGUUUUGCGAUCAAUUCUACACUCAAAAGAACAAAAGCCAGAAACGAAGCAACAGCUUAUUUUCUUUUAACAUUUGCCAUCACUUUGCCAUUUGCACAGCAAUGGCUGCCCGGUGGGGGAAAAAAGCUUGGAAGAAUUGGAGACGACAGAGGGACAUCAAAUCUUAAAAGUAGACAUAUUUAA